AUGAAAGGGGUAGACGACACCGAUUCGCAGAGAUUGACGGCUUCGGCGCGAAGAGCAUUGAGCUCAGCCGUCCAUCGCAAGCCUCGAUUUCUCAUCAUUGGAGCCGGCCGGCGCGGAACCGCCUACGCUUCUGCAGUACGACGAGAGAGGCUGCCAGCCAUCAUUGCGGCGGUUGCAGAACCUUUACAAUCGACACGGAUUUCGUUUGGCAAGAAAUAUGUUUGGGAUGACGGGGCACCACGAGAGGACCAGAGUUUCGACUCGUGGCAGGACUUUCUCGACUAUGAGAGUAAGCGACGGCAAGCCGAAGCUUCUGGAGAGGAAGUCUAUGCGGGUAUUGAUGGUAUCAUUGUCUGCACUCAGGACCAAACACACAAAGAGAUACUGCAAGCCUUUGGACCACUCAAACUUCACGUCUUGAGCGAGAAGCCGAUUGCAACAUCUCUACAGGACUGCCAGGAUAUAUACGUCAGCCUCGGCGGUGCAACACCGGAAACAAUUUUUUCAACCGGUCAUGUUCUACGAUACAGCCCUCACAACAUGCUUUUGAGGAAACUUCUCUUGGAAGACAGGAGCUGUGAUUGGAGUGCCAAGAAACUGUACCUCGAAAAGCUCUAUGACAAGGGAGAACGAGAUUGGCCUAUUUGUGUUGUUGUUCCUGACAUAGAAGAUAUCACUGCUACAUUGGGGACAGAUCAUGGACGUGCCGUCUUGGAAGAGGUUCUCUCUACAGACUACGACGCCUCUACACCAAGGGACAUCAUCGAGUCUAAACAGUGGUAUGGUCGUUGUGUCUGGGAGUCAGAUAAUGAUGUUCUUGACGAUCAAAUUGUCACUCUGACCUGGGAUGACGACUCAGGCGCUGUGGGCAACGAGGAAUUCACCGACCGCGGUCCGAAGACGGCGAUUUUUCAUAUGGCGGCGUUCACCGAAGCCCAGUCCAAGCGGCGAGGCAAGAUCUCGGGCACCCAUGGAGAGAUGCAGUACGACAGUAACGAGAUCCGAGUCUAUACCUUUGAUCGAUUUCGGGACCCGGGAGCAGCCAAAGUCUUCAUCCCGCCAACAGCUUCUGGCGGUCAUGAAGGUGGCGAUGGCGGUCUGAUGAACAACUUCUCUCGGGCUGUGGAGGCUGUCAUUAAUGGUGAGCUCAGCGUGGAGCAGGCCCAAGCGAGACAUGUUGGCUGUACGUUGAAGGAAGCAUUCAUGAGCCAUGCUAUGGUCUCCUUGGCCGGUGAACGUGCUUGA